ACUCCAAAAAAGACAGGCGGUUCUCCGUGUGACAUCAGCAACACCGCGCCCAUCUCUGAUUAUAAAACCUGGGUGGCUUCGGCCGGUGGGUCUUCCCGAACUUGCAGGGAAGUGGACUGACGUGGGCCGGUUCUGCAGCACUCAUCAUGGCACCAGCUAAGAAAGGCAUUCUGGAGCGUCUGGAGGCGGGGGAGGUCGUGCUCGGAGAUGGCGGGUUCGUCUUCGCCCUGGAGAAGCGGGGGUACGUCAAGGCUGGACCGUGGACCCCCGAGGCUGCCGCCGAGCACCCCGAAGCAGUUCGGCAGCUGCACCGGGAGUUCCUGAGAGCCGGGUCCAACGUCAUGCAGACUUUCACCUUCUACGCCAGCGACGACAAGCUGGAGAACCGCGGCAACACGCAGAAGUUCACCGGGAAGCAGAUCAACGAGGCGGCGUGUGACCUGGCCCGCCAGGUGGCUGACGAGGGGGACGCGCUGGUGGCUGGUGGGGUCUCCCAGACGCCCGCCUACCUGAGCUGCAAAAGCCAGGAUGACGUGAAGGCCAUCUUCAAGAAGCAGCUGGACGUCUUUGUGGAGAAGAACGUGGACUUCCUGAUCGCUGAGUACUUCGAGCACGUGGAGGAGGCAGAGUGGGCCGUCCAGGUUCUGAAGACAACCGGCAAACCCGUGGCUGCCACCUUGUGCAUCGGACCAGACGGAGACCUGGCUGGCGUUCACCCGGGAGAGUGCGCCGUGAAGCUCGUCAAAGCAGGUGCCGACAUCGUGGGCAUCAACUGCCACUUCGACCCCGACACCUGCGUGAAGACGGUGAAGCUGAUGAAGGAAGGCGUGGAGAAGGCCGGACUGAAGGCUCACUACAUGAGUCAGCCGCUCGCCUUCAUGACGCCCGACUGCAACUGUCAGGGAUUCAUCGACCUGCCAGAGUUCCCCUUCGCUCUGGAGCCGAGGAUCCUGACCCGAUGGGACAUGCACAAAUACGCCCGUGACGCCUACAACGCUGGAAUCCGCUACAUUGGCGGCUGCUGCGGCUUUGAGCCUUACCACGUGCGCGCUCUGGCAGAGGAGCUCUCCACUGAGCGAGGCUUCCUGCCUGCUGGCUCAGAGAAACAUGGGCUGUGGGGCAGCGGUCUGGAGAUGCACACGAAGCCGUGGUGCAGAGCGAGAGCUCGCCGUGACUACUGGGAGAAGCUGAAGCCGGCGUCCGGCCGGCCCCUCUGCCCCUCCAUGUCUAAACCAGAUGGGUGGGGCAUCACCAAAGGUCACGCCGACCUGGUGCAGCAGAAGGAAGCCACGUCCAAGGAGCAGCUGAAGGCUCUGUUCGACAAGGCCGAGCAAGGCCAGUGAAGCCGCGAAGAGACGCGGCUGAGACGGCCGCUCGCACAUUCCUUCACGUCAGCAAACCAAAACGAUGAUGAUCUCUAUUGGACCAUUUUACCACGUGAGUCUUGUUCCAGUUGAAGGUUUGAGGCUUCACACCUCGGUUUCUCUGAGCCCGAAGACGCCACUGUUCCGUUGGUGAAAGUAGCUGGUUGUUGAACACAAUAAAAGCUUGAG